UCUGUGCGUACGUAUGCGUGUUAGUGCUAAACACAAGAGUGGUUAGAGAGAGGUGCAAAUCGAGUGAAUUAGCUUCAACAAAUGAUAACAUAUUAGGCAUCAAAUUUCUCUGCCACAUGCCAUCUCGGUACCACCCACAUGCCCAACCCAACCGCUGUUUUUAUUUAUACAUCUCCUUGGCCUCUGGCAUCAGUUUGUUUCCCUGCCUAUUUGUCUCCCCCUCCAUCUAUGUGCCAGCCUUGUUGCUUGCAGAUCCAAGCUCUCCACUCCUCCCCAUCUCUCUCAACAACUGCAUGCAGUGUUCUUCUCUUCUCAUCUCAUCUUGUUGACCCCCUCCUAGAUCCAUCUCUCUGCUGCCGCUUUCUCUCUCAAGAAUUGAGCACACAUGAAGAGGCCCACCUGCAGAGGCUCCUCAGCGGCCACCCAAGAAACCACAGAUCAACAAGGCAUAAUCGCACAUACGAGAUGUAUAAAAAUAUGUUCUAGUGAUUCUGAUUUGCCAGGUUGCUUGUCAGUUCUGAGAUCUAAAAUUUGUGCUAAAAGUUUCGGCAUGUAAAUGUAAUCAGUAUGCAGUUUGAAGAAACAUAUGCGCUUGUGUCAUGGUGACAGAGACAGCAGAUUAACAACAGGAUAUAUGCAGAUUUUACUAGUAAUAUAACACAACAUGGCCAAUAAUAUACUUCGUGUAUCUUCUCUUGUUUGCAGAAGAGAGCUGCAGGUACAUGGAGCGGCAAGGACUCGACGGCGACGGCACGGCCACGGCUGAUCGCGACGACGUAGUGGCCGGGGCGUACGACGACGAGGACGAGGAUCUCGCGGGGUCACGCGGCGGCCUCGGUGAGAAGAAGCGGCGUCUGGCGGCGGAUCAGGUGCGCGCGCUGGAGCGGAGCUUCGAGGCGGACAACAAGCUGGACCCGGAACGAAAGGCCAGCAUCGCGCGGGACCUCAGCCUCCACCCGCGCCAGGUCGCGGUGUGGUUCCAGAACCGUCGCGCGCGCUGGAAGACCAAGCAGAUCGAGCGCGACUUCGCGGCCCUGCGCGCGCGCCACGACGCGCUACGCCUCGAGUGCGACGCACUCCGCUGCGACAAGGACGCACUCGCUGUCGAGAUAAGGGAACUGAGGGAGAAGGUGGAGACGCAGAUGGCCGUGAAGCUGGAGGCCGGGGAGGAGAUGCCGCCGACGGCGGCGGGGACAACAACCGCCGCCGCCAGGGUGUACAAGGACGGUUCGACUGACAGCGAUUCGAGCGCCGUGUUCAACGAGGAAGCGUCGCCGUACUCCGGCGCUGCCUUCGACCACCAUCCGAGCUUCACGGGGUUCAUGCCGUUCUUGGACUCCUCGAGCGCGCUGAGCUCAUCUUUCCCAUCCCUGUACCACGGGUCGGCGCAUUUGGACCAGGAAGCAGAUGGGAUCCUCGGCGGCGCCGGUUUCUUCGCGGAGGAGUACGGCAGCGGCCUCGGUAGCUGGUACGGCGGUGAGGGUUGGUAGUGGUGAGCUGUUGGCUGGCUGGAGACUUGGUGUCCACCAUUCUUGUAAAAUAUGGCCCUGUAAAUGCAUGCAUGGGGGGGUAACUGGGUAGAGUCAAUUUCUAUUGUUUUGACUGCCUAGGGCAGAGGAUAAUUGAGGAAGGAGACAGGGUUCCACAUAUCCGGCUUGACAGUUA